CCGGAACCAACAAAACAACGCCAGGUCUUACUUUCCGCCUUCCUGUUCAUUCAUCCGCAACAAUGCCUUGCCAAUUGAGUUGAGUUGAUUAUCUCUUAACACUCAAACAAAUGUAACUGGUGGCAAUUCCUCAAGUGCACUCACAUGUCAUGGCAGAUUCCAAUGACCAUCGUGUUGAGGUGGUGGUACAGGAGAGCCGAAACAACCAGACUCCUAAGGUCCCUUCUUGCGUGGUCUGUGCCCGAAGAAAGGUCAAAUGUGAUCGCACUCAUCCUUGUUCUUCCUGUGCCAGACAUGAGGUUGAGUGCAUUUACCUUCCCCAUAACCCUCCGCAGCGCCGCAAGAGGCGGCGCUCUGAGGGGAACCACAGACGAAUCAGCUUGUCCAGGCAGAGUCCUACCAGGAAAAGCAACCUUGCAUCCGCUCGUAUAAGCAACGUAGACCAUGCGCCAGCCACGCAUAAUGAUUUCCCCGUGGCUCCAAGGGCAGAGCAAGGAAUGCUGCUGACGGGUGAGGGACAAUCCAUUUAUCUAGAUAGCAAUCUUUGGUCUAGUGUCAGAGGCGAACUUCCUCAGGCGGAGGACAUGUUACGGGACAUGUCCGAUCACGGUUCAGAUCAAGAGGUAGAUAAUGAAACCUCCUUAAUCCUAGGAGGGACAGUGAAGAAAGACUUGAGUGUGCUGCACCCGUCUCCCCUGCACAUCUUCAAGCUGUGGCAGACAUUCCUUGAUAAUAUAAACCCGUUGACCAAGAUACUGCAUGGACCCACCAUCCAGCAACAAAUUCUGAAAGCCAGCGACAGCUUACACACGAUCUCGACAGAGUUUGAGACUUUACUUUUCUCUAUAUAUUGCAUCUCAUUGGUUUCACUGAGAGAAGAGGACGUACAGAACACUUAUGGAGAGUGUAAAACCACUCUGCUGUCAAGAUACCGGCGUGCGGCUCGUUCAAGUUUUGCCAAGGCUGGCAUCUUGCGUACAUCAAAGAUUGUAGUUCUCCAAGCGUUUAUUUUGUAUUUGCUCGCCAUACGUGAGUCCUCUGAUCCGCACUCUGUUUGGUCGUUGUGUGGCCUUGCGGUGCGAAUGGCUCAGCGUAUUGGCCUCCAUCGAGAUGGUUCGGAACUUGGUUUGUCACCCUUUGAGACAGAAAUGCGCCGCCGUCUUUGGCGACAACUUUCGAUAUUAGAUGUUACUACUGCGCAAAGUUCUGGCAUUACCUCACAGCUGUCCUACCUCUCUGCUGACGUCCGUCCACCAUCAAAUGUGAACGACAGUGAGCUAGACCCACGCAUGACGGAUACUCCUCGAGGACAUGACGGAGCGACAGAGAUGAUAUUUGUCCUUGCACGGAAUGAAUUUGGCGAAUGGAUGAGGCGUUGGUCCAAGGCCGACGGAGGUGCCCAUAGAGGUCGAGGCUUUUUAACCUCUUCUUCUUUAUCACUUGAGAAAAAGGAUAAAGCAAUCGAUGAGUUGAAUGACUUGUACCAAAUGAAAUUUCUCCAAUAUUGCGACAAAACCAUUCCGCUGCAUUACAUGGCGGCUAGAUUGAUGCGGGCUAUAGUGUGCCAGAUGAGAUUCACAGCACACCAUCCCCGCCAGUAUGGUGAAACAGACCGUCUAUCACUACCAGUACGAGGCCACAUAUUUUCUACCUGUCUUCACAUCAUUGAGAGCUUCGAGGAUUGUCAUAGCAAUGAGCUCAUACAGCGGUUUUUAUGGCACGUGGAUAACCACAUUCCAUGGGAUGCGUUGAUCUAUAUGCUACAUGAAUUACGAACUCGUAUAGAUGAAGGGGAAACCAAAAGAUCGUGGGUCCUCAUUGACCGAGUAUAUAGUCGGCAUUAUGAACAGAUGAGAAACAGACCCAAAAGCGCUCUUCAUACCGCAAUGCAUGCGCUAAUCUUGAAGGCCUGGAAAGCCCAUACUGAGGAGCGUACUCGAUUUAAACGAUCUGUGCUUCCCUAUCCUCAUAUCAUUUCGGUAUUGGCCGAAAAUUCGGAACGGGGCACAUCAUCUCAUCGAUCUGGACUUACACCUGGGCCUGAGCCCGGUGAGUCGGCAGUUGGUAGCCCACGAGAACAAUCGACGCAUGGUAUUCCACCUGAUGGCACGGAAGUAAUUGAUCCCAGCUUUGAGCUUGACCAAUACAAUCACAGUCCGUUGGAUUGGAGUCAGUGGGAUGAUCUUCUGGACCAAUUCCAGCAAGAUUUCACGAAUAGCGAAUUGUUCACGACAGAUGCUUCUUGACUUAUGUACGACUUUUGUAUCCUCCACGUUUGUCUCCCAGGGUCCAGCAUACAUGCCACUUCUUUAUUUCUCUUAUACCUUCUCGAGGCAUGCUAGUUCGAGUCGCACAUUUACAAUUCAGGCCGUUUCUCUAAGAAGCCAAACGCAACUCCUGGCCUAGCACUGUCCCCAUGAUACCUGCUUCGAUAGAUCAAAUUCUAUUGCAUAAGAGGACUCAUGGCAAAAAGAC